GGGGCCUGAGCGGGCCUGGCGGAGCCCGAGCGCGGCCCGGCCCGCAGCGCGGGGCUCCGAGUGCGGUGAAGAGAUUGUUUUCUGAAGGCUACGUUGGAGGCUGUGACAGAGCGGAGAGCCUGGCGAAGCUGAUGGGGAGGCUUUCUGAGUAACAUGGCCCUUUGCCGUUAGCCUUGCCAUGACCACAUUUUUUACCAGCGUCUCUCCCUGGAUUCAAGAUGCAAAGCAGGAGGAGGAAGUGGGCUGGAAACUAGUUCCUAGGCCUCGGGCCCGGGAGACAGAGAGUCAAGUGAAGUGCCAAUGUGAAAUCUCGGGGACACCCUUCUCAAAUGGGGAGAAGCUAAGGCCUCAUAGCCUACCCCAUCCGGAACAGAGACCAUAUAGCUGCCCUCAGCUGCACUGUGGCAAGGCUUUUGCCUCCAAGUACAAGCUAUAUAGGCACAUGGCCACCCACUCGGCCCAGAAACCCCACCAGUGCAUGUACUGUGAUAAGAUGUUUCACCGCAAGGACCAUCUUCGGAACCACUUGCAGACCCACGACCCCAACAAAGAGGCCCUCCACUGCUCCGAGUGCGGUAAGAAUUAUAAUACGAAGCUGGGCUACCGCCGCCACCUGGCCAUGCAUGCCGCCAGCAGCGGUGACCUCAGCUGCAAGGUCUGCCUGCAGACCUUCGAGAGUACCCAGUCCCUGCUAGAGCACCUGAAGGCUCACUCACGCCGGGUAGCAGGUGGUGCCAAGGAGAAGAAGCACCCCUGUGACCACUGUGACCGGCGAUUCUAUACCCGCAAGGAUGUGCGGCGGCACCUAGUGGUGCACACAGGUCGGAAGGACUUCCUAUGCCAGUACUGUGCCCAGAGAUUCGGCCGCAAGGACCACCUGACACGUCAUGUCAAGAAGAGCCACUCACAGGAGCUGCUCAAGAUCAAGACAGAGCCAGUGGACAUGCUAGGCCUCCUCAGCUGCAGCUCCACAGUCAGCGUGAAGGAAGAGCUGAGCCCUGUGCUGUGCAUGGCCUCUCGGGACAUGAUGGGGGCCAAAGCCUUUCCUGGCAUGUUGCCCAUGGGCAUGUAUGGUGCCCACAUCCCUGCCAUGCCCAGCACAGGCAUGCCACACUCCCUGGUGCACAAUACACUCCCCAUGGGUAUGAGCUACCCUCUGGAAUCCUCACCAAUCUCUUCCCCAGCUCAGCUCCCUCCAAAAUACCAGCUUGGAUCUACCUCAUACUUGCCCGACAAAUUGCCCAAAGUGGAGGUGGAUAGUUUCCUGGCGGAUUUUCCUGGAAGCCUGUCUCUCUCAUCCGCCGAACCCCAGCCCGCCUCACCUCAGCCGGCGGCAGCUGCGGCCCUCCUAGAUGAAGCACUGCUCGCCAAGAGCCCCGCCAACCUCUCUGAGGCCCUGUGCGCUGCUAAUGUGGACUUCUCCCAUUUACUGGGCUUCCUUCCACUUAAUCUGCCCCCGUGUAACCCACCGGGAGCUGCAGGAGGCCUCGUCAUGGGCUACUCCCAGGCUGAGGCCCAGCCCCUGCUUACCACUUUGCAAGCUCAGCCUCAAGAUUCCCCAGGAGCUGGGGGACCCCUGAACUUCGGGCCUCUGCACUCCUUGCCUCCUGUCUUCACUUCUGGCCUGAGUACUACCACCCUGCCUCGUUUCCAUCAAGCAUUCCAGUAGCCCCCACGGAGGCCCACUGCUCAGUCUUUGGCUCUGUCAGGGAGCCUUAAACCCACCCCGUCCACAUCCCCAUGAAGGCAGCUGAGCUUUCAGAGCUGGGUUCAA